AUGUCAGAAUCUAUAUCGAUGAAGGACUCAGAUUCGUGCAAUCAAAUAGACGCAGAAAGUAAAAGUGCAUUGUCUGCCAAUGAGCAAACAGAGUUUGAAGUUAGUUUCAGUGAGGAUGGGGAUCCAGACCCUGAAAACAUUGCCAGACAUCUUCCUUUAGUAAGGAAGUACUACAUAUCUUCGCUAAUUACUCUGACAUCGACAGUGAUAACGAUUAUAUCCUCUUGUUGGUCAUUGGCGUCGCCAAAUAUCAUGAAACACUUCCACAUAUCUCAUGAAGUCAGUACAUUGGGUAUAACCCUGUAUAUCUUUGGUCUUGGGUUUGGACCACUAUUUUUAUCACCAAUUAGUGAACUAUACGGAAGACGUAUAACAUUCGUAUCAUCAUUAUUUUUAAGUAUAAUAUGGCAAUGCCUGACAACCUGGUCAAAAACCAUUGAAGGUGUCUUAUUCGGUAGAUUCCUUUCAGGGUUUUUUGGAUCUGUUUUUCUAAGUGUUGCAGGUGGUGCUAUAAGUGAUAUCUUCAGUAAGAAACAAAUCGGUAUUCCAAUGGCCAUCUACACCACUGCCGCCUUUUUGGGUCCAUCCCUGGGACCAAUUAUUAGCGGUGCUUUAUAUCAUGCCAACUAUAAAUGGACUUUUGUGACAUUGCUUAUUGCAUCAGGUGUAUGUUUGACUCUUAUUGUUAUAUCUGUACCGGAAACCUAUGCUCCAGUAUUAUUGAUUAAGAAGGCACAGCGGUUAAGAGAAGAGACUGGUGAUGAUAGAUACUACGCACCACUUGAAAUUACAAGAAAAGAAACUAGUAUUUUUAAAUCUGUCGUUUUAUCUGCCAAGAGACCAUUCGGUCUGCUGUUGAGAGAUCCAAUGAUGGGUGUACUAUGUUUUUAUACAGGAUUAGUCUUGGCUAUUGUUUACCUCUACUUUGUUGCUUUUCCAUAUGUCUUUGAGACACUCUAUCAUUUCACUGUCAUGGAAGUUGGAUGUUCAUACAUUGGUCUAAUGGUGGGUAUGCUUUUAGCUUCACCAACAAGUUAUAUCUUUCAGAAAAGAUAUGAUGCCAAGGUUGAAAGAAACGGUGGUGUGAGAACUCCAGAAAUGAGAUUCGAGCCUUUAUACUACGGUGCUUUUUGUACACCUAUAGGAUUAAUGAUAUUUGCUUGGACGUGUUACUCACAUGUUCACUGGAUUGGCCCCCAAAUCGGUAGUGCCAUCUUUGGUGUAGGUGUUUACUUUGUUUUCGUUGGUGUCUUCGGCUACACUGUUGAUGCCUAUCGUAAGUACGCUGCUUCCGGCAUGGCAUGCAACUCAUUUGUGAGAAGUGUCAUGAGUGGUGUGUUCCCACUUUUCGGACUUCAAAUGUAUAAAGGUAUGGGAGUCAACUGGGCCGGUUUCCUUAUUGCCAUGGUGACAGUUCUGAUGAUACCAGUGCCAUUUCUUUUUGACAGAUACGGACCAUACUUGAGAUCAAAAUCGCCAUAUGCAUGGGAUGAUUAA